CGCGCGCGCCGCCUCACGCUAGUCCUCAGGCAGACCGCGUCGGCCCUUUCGGCGCGCGCCCGGGCCCGGCCCCGGCUCCCCACUCGGGCCGGCUGGCUCGCGGGUUCUCUAGCCCCGCCCACCUUGGCGCCGCCGCUGGGCGCUUGCGCGGGGCGCGUGGCCGUGGUCGGGGUCUCCGCCGCAGCCUGAGCCGCUGCCGCCGCCUCAAUCAGUCAGUUAGUCCCCAGCAAUGGCGGACGGAGGUGAGCGUGAGGAGCUGCUCUCGCCGUCGCCGGUCUCUCCGGCCAAGCGGCUGUGUUCGUGGCCCAGCCCGCAAGCUCACCACCCUCGCAGUUCGCCCAGGGCAGCUGGCGGAGGGGCGGGGGGCGUCGGCAGCAGCUGCCUGGCCCUCGGAGCCCGCCCCCACCUGCAGCCGGAGUCCUUACUGGACUGCGCCGCCAAGACGGUGGCAGAAAAGUGGGCGUACGAACGGGUGGAGGAGCGCUUCGAGCGGAUCCCGGAGCCCGUGCAACGCCGCAUCGUCUACUGGUCUUUCCCGCGGAAUGAGCGGGAGAUCUGCAUGUACUCCAGCUUCCAGUACCGGGGCGGCCCCGGCGCCGGCGCGGCUGGUGGCGCCUUGGGGGCUCCGCCGGCCGAGGAGGGGCUGCCACCACCCCCCGGGGCCGCCGCUCCGGCCGGCUCCGCCCCCGGGACUGUCGCGGCUGGGGCAACCCCCGGGCUAGGCGCAGGGGCCGGCGCGGCCGGCUGCGGUGGCGAGGGGCUCCCGUUCCGCCGGGGCAUCCGUCUGCUGGACAGCGGCUCCGUGGAGAACGUGCUGCAAGUCGGCUUUCAUCUGAGUGGCACAGUAACUGAGCUGGCCACUGCUUCUGAACCAGCAGUGACUUACAAAGUUGCAAUCAGUUUUGAUAGAUGCAAAAUCACCUCAGUGACAUGUGGCUGUGGGAACAAGGAUAUAUUCUACUGUGCCCAUGUGGUAGCACUCUCACUCUACAGGAUCCGUAAACCAGACCAAGUCAAAUUGCGUCUUCCUAUCUCUGAAACCCUUUUCCAGAUGAAUAGGGACCAGCUACAAAAGUUUAUUCAAUAUUUAAUCACGGCACACCACACUGAAGUUCUUCCUACUGCACAGAAACUGGCAGAUGAGAUUCUAUCUUCCAACUCAGAAAUCAACCAAGUGAACGGUGCCCCUGACCCCACAGCUGGGGCCAGCAUUGAUGAUGAGAACUGUUGGCAUUUGGAUGAAGAACAGGUGAAAGAACAAGUGAAGCUUUUUCUCUCCCAGGGGGGUUACUGUGGCUCUGGAAAGCAACUCAACUCAAUGUUUGCCAAGGUUCGAGAAAUGCUGCGGAUGAGAGAUUCCAAUGGAGCAAGGAUGCUGACGCUAAUAACUGAGCAGUUCAUGGCUGACCCACGACUCACACUCUGGAGACAACAAGGAACAAACAUGACGGAUAAGUGCAGGCAGCUCUGGGAUGAGCUAGGGGCUUUAUGGGUGUGCAUAAUUUUAAAUCCACACUGCAAACUAGAGGCGAAAUCUUGCUGGCUGCAGCAGCUGCAGAAGUGGAGCGACCUGGAUGUCUGUCCCCUAGAGGAUGGAAACUAUGGACAUGAGCUGCCAAACAUCACCAAUGCACUUCCCCAGCAUGCCAUUCACAACCCAGACUCCUUAUCCAGACCAAGACGAACAGUAUUCACUAGAGCCAUUGAGGGCCGUGAAUUACAUUGGCAGGACAGCCACCUACAGCGAAUAAUCAGCAGUGAUAUUUAUACAGCACCUGCCUGCCAGCGAGAAAGUGAAAGACUACUCUUUAAUUCCCAAGGCCAGCCACUGUGGCUUGAGCAUGUGCCUACAGCCUGUGCUCGGGUUGAUGCCCUACGUUCUCAUGGUUAUCCAAAAGAGGCCCUCAGACUCACAGUGGCCAUUAUUAAUACUCUGAGGUUGCAGCAGCAGCGGCAACUGGAAAUCUACAAGCAUCAGAAGAAAGAACUAUUGCAGAGAGGAACCACAACCAUCACAAACCUGGAGGGCUGGGUGGGCCACCCUCUGGAUCCCAUUGGCUGCCUGUUUCUCACUUUGACUGAGGCCUGCCGCCUGAAUGAUGAUGGCUAUCUGGAGAUGUCAGAUGUGAAUGAAAGCAGACCCCCUGUGUACCAGCAUGUACCUGUGGCUACAGGCUCCCCAAACAGCAGUGAGUCCUACCUGUCAUUGGCCCUGGAAGUUGCAUUGAUGGGACUGGGUCAACAGAGGGUAAUGCCUGAAGGCCUCUAUGCACAGGACAAGGUGUGCCGUAAUGAGGAGCAGCUUCUGAGCCAACUUCAAGAGCUACAGCUGGACGAUGAGCUAGUGCAAACAUUGCAAAAACAGUGCAUCUUACUGCUGGAAGGGGGCCCUUUCAGCGGUCUGGGAGAAGUCAUCCACCGAGAGAGUGUUCCCAUGCAUACCUUUGCCAAGUAUUUGUUCUCAGCUCUGCUGCCUCAUGACCCAGACCUGUCCUAUAAAUUAGCCUUACGUGCCAUGAGGUUACCUGUUUUAGAAAACUCAGCUUCUGCAGGCGACACAUCCCACCCUCACCAUAUGGUGUCUGUGGUGCCCAGCCGUUAUCCUCGCUGGUUCACGCUUGGACACUUGGAAUCACAGCAGUGUGAACUGGCCUCCACCAUGCUGACUGCUGCCAAAGGAGACACUUUGAGACUCCAAACAAUUCUGGAAGCAAUACAGAAGCACAUUCAUUCUUCCUCCCUUAUCUUCAAACUGGCCCAAGAUGCAUUCAAGAUUGCUACUCCCACUGACAGUAGUACUGACAGCACCCUGCUCAACGUUGCCCUGGAACUUGGGUUACAGGUGAUGCGGAUGACCUUAUCAACCCUUAAUUGGAGACGCAGGGAGAUGGUACGAUGGUUGGUGACCUGUGCUACAGAAGUGGGUGUGCGGGCCCUGGUGAGCAUCUUGCAGAGCUGGUACACACUCUUCACCCCUACUGAGGCUACUAGUAUUGUAGCUGCCACAGCUGUAUCCCACACCACUAUCCUGCGCCUCAGUCUUGACUAUCCACAGCGGGAGGAACUGGCUAGCUGUGCUCGCACACUGGCCCUGCAAUGUGCUAUGAAGGAUCCACAGAGCUGUGCCCUGUCAGCCCUUACACUCUGUGAGAAAGACCACAUUGCCUUUGAGGCAGCCUACCAGAUUGCCAUUGAUGCUGCUGCUGGUGGCAUGACCCAUUCACAACUGUUCACCAUUGCCCGAUACAUGGAGCUCCGUGGUUAUCCGCUACGUGCCUUCAAGCUGGCCUCAUUGGCCAUGAGCCAUCUUAACCUGGCCUACAACCAGGAUACUCACCCAGCCAUCAAUGAUGUGCUCUGGGCUUGUGCUCUCAGCCACUCUCUGGGCAAGAAUGAGCUGGCAGCUCUCAUCCCCCUGGUGGUGAAAAGUGUGCAUUGUGCCACAGUGCUUUCAGACAUCCUACGACGCUGCACAGUGACUGCACCUGGCCUGGCUGGCAUCCCAGGCCGCCGCAGCUCUGGAAAGCUCAUGUCCACUGACAAAGCUCCGCUGCGCCAGUUGCUGGAUGCCACCAUCAAUGCCUAUAUCAACACUACACACUCACGCCUAACACACAUCAGCCCUCGCCACUAUGGAGAGUUCAUUGAGUUUCUAAGCAAGGCUCGGGAGACCUUCCUGCUGCCCCAGGAUGGCCACCUGCAGUUUGCCCAGUUCAUUGACAACCUCAAACAGAUCUACAAAGGCAAGAAAAAGUUGAUGCUGCUGGUGCGAGAGCGCUUUGGCUGAGAAAGCAGAUAGCUCACUGCCAGAGCAGCCUGGGUUCCCAGGUAGUAUCAGGUCAGACCAAGGACACUGAAACAUUUGUUCACCCUGAGAGGACUCUGAGCAGCUAUGGCUGAGGCCAAAGGACCACAGGGCUAAGGAUGGGGAGAGUCCAACUCUAGUUGAUAUGCCUACCUUGGCAAGCUUCUCGCUACAGCCCACUGUUCAUGGAUGAGCUGAGCCCUGCAGACCGACCAGAAACCCCACAACAUGCCACCUCAUGCCCCUAUAUCCUGCAUGUCCUGGGCAUUGGCCCUGUCUCCCUUGGCAAACACAGAACACUGUUCCGUCUCAGGGAUUGCUUAACCAGAGAAACAGACACAUUUAUGGUACUGUAAAUACUAUAGCAUAUGUGUUGCCAAUUAUUGUAAAGUUGUAACUAUUUAUAAUUCUGGUUCUGAUUUGAUGGGCGCUUGAAGUAGCUAUGGGUGGGAGGAUAUGCUUAUUUUCUGAGGAGACUCACAACCAUUUCUCAGGUUUCCCUUGCAAAGUAUAUGCUGGUAGCAGUGGAAGAGUGGGGUUGCCAAGGAGAAAAAUGGCCAGUUAGAAUCAAUCCCAAGUCUAGUCUAUG